UAGUUUUUUUUAAAUAUAUUCAAAACAUUUUUAUAAUGGUUAUAAAAACAUAUUAGUAGAAUCAAUUUUUGAAUAUAUGUAUAUUUUUGAAUAAAUUUUUGAUAUAAAUUAAUUUUAAAUUAAUAUUUUGAUUUGAAAUAUGUAUAUAAAAUUUAUGUUUUGUUUUAUGAUUAUUUUAGACAAAGAUGUUUUUAGUUAAUUAGAUUGGGUCAAUCAUUUUCGUAUAUUUUAAAGCUGGCUCAUAUAUAUAUAUAUAUAGUUUUCAUAAUAUAAUGAAUUUCCAGUUUUUUUUUGGUAACAUAAGUUCAUUACUUCUUUUUUUAAUAUAUUGAUAUUCAUGUUUCCAAACAAUACUAUAUUUUCUUUAACUGCUAUAUAUGUUGUCAAACAAAAACUUAAAAUAUUUCUACUUUAAUAAGAUAGAUUAUCUUUAUUAUCUAUUAUUUGUGUAUUUAAAUUUAAUUCUUAAAACAAAAUUAACCUUCAAAAACUUUACAUGCGUCCAGUGGCGGAGGCAAUUAAGGAUCAUGUGGGUCAUUUGACCUAUAUCAAUUUUAAGAAUUAAUCAAAUUUAAGCAUAAAUAUGUAAUAUAUCUUGAUUAAUUGGUUAAGUUUCAGUAGUUUGACCCCCUUAAAAUCUAUCCAAUUUCAUAUAUAUAAUAAACUUUUGACCCCACUGAUUUAUUUUCUUAGCUCCACUGCUGCAUGUGUCUUUAUAGUAUCUAAAGAAGUUUUAGAGUACGGUGUUUGAUACAUGUUCUCGUAUUUUUUGUCUUUCUCUCCUGUUUUCAAUUUUCUAAUUAUUUAUUUGUUGAUAUACUUUGGUUAAGAAAUCUCCAUUAUAAGUGUUCUAAAUUUUAACAAUACUAUAAACAUGAAUAUAAUUUUAAAGGGAAAAAAAAGAAUAAUAGUGACCGAACCCCUUGAGAAAGAAGAAUUGGAAGCGAGUUCGAAAGCAAACCAUCACAUAAAGCCCAUUUACAAGUAUUGGACCGCGACUGAAUUAGUCAACCGCAAACGUUGACUAUUUGACUUGUAGAGUGCAAUUGUAGGUUACGAUAAGUUCACUACUAGCCUUAUAUAAUUAUUAAUUAGUCUUUUACCCAAAAAUAAUAAUUGUCGUCUAAUAAUUUAUAGACGUUUCAGGAUGUACAUGUCCCUUUGUGUGUUGGUGAUGUCAAUAAUUGAUUCGUAAGUUACGUUAUUUACAUUUAUUUCAGGCUUAGUUAGGUUUUUUUAUUAAGUUAUUUAAAUAUUUGUAAAUAAGUGGGCGUAGUUCAAUGUAUUUGAAAACCCAUAUGGUAUGCUGUUUUAUCCUUUAUUUAAUACUCCUUCCGUCUCAUUUUAUUUGUCGUUCUAACUUUAUGCACACAAAUUUAAAAAAAAUAUAUUUUAUAUAUUUCCAAAAUAAAAAUACAAUUACUUAUACAUCUAACCAUUUUUUAACCAAUAAAAACUAAAAUAGAAAAUUUUAUUAAUAAAUUUUGCAUUAAAACUCUAAAACGACACUUGUUUUGAAACGAAAAUUUUUUCUACAACGAUAAUUAAGUGAAACGGAGGGAGUAGAUUAUUGUGGGCUCCAAGCUGAUGAUUAGGAGCUUCUGUCAUGUUUUGAACUCAAUGAACAUGAUAUGAUAUGACCAUGUUAAACUUGUUAAAAUUAAAGUGCUUUUGUACUAACCAGUGAGCUUGAUCAGAACACAAUAAUUAUAAUAAAGUAAUAAAUUAAUCAUCGUAUUAACAAAACUAAGCUAAGGUGCAGUGCACCUCAAAAGGAACGUAACUAACUAUAUGGUUUCCACUCCAAUGCGUAUUUUGGGGUCAUCAACAUGACUAUGCAUUUAUAGUAUAGUCUUGGAAAUAAGAAUUGCUGAAAAUCGCUGAAAUGUUGUUAAAUUAAGUCAACAUUUCAUGCAACUCCUUUAAUUCCUCACUAAACAACAUGAUAAAAGUACCUCUAAUGUAUUUUUUCAAAAUUUAUUUCACCAUACUCGGAUGAAAAUAGAGUAAUAAACAAAAAUAAAAUGAUUGCCGUUUAUAGAAUCAAUCUACUAUAAUGAAAAUUGAAGUGAAGUUGAAACAUUUACUCUAAAUUUCAUUUUAGAGUAAAUUAUAGAAUUGGAUCGGAGAUGUUUAAACAAUUUUGUUAAGCUAAAGUGGUUAAGGGUAUAUGUUAGUUGCUUAUAGUAACCCCGCAUAUAGCCGAUGUUGUUUUGAUGUGUAUUAUAAGAGCAAUAAUAAGAUAACUUAUACAUGAGGGGGUUACUAUAAGCAACUUUCAUCUACUCACCUAACAACUCUUAACAAAACUGUUAACUAUAUACAGAACUAUAAGUGACAAAUAAUUUUGUUUUCUUUCGACCAAGGUUUUUAUAUCUAUAUAUUUCAUGUAAGGCACGGAUUAGAUUGGUCUCAAAAUUAAUGUGACCAAUGUAUGUGUCAUACUACACAUAGUUAUUAUAUAUAUAUAUAUAUAUAAAUAGACUUCAUAUAGACGAGUUGAUUUUUUCUCUUUCUGUUAGAAGUAGUUGUGACAAAAUGCAACUAUUCAUCACAUGAAAGGUUAAGCAUUAUUUCGUCUUCAAAUAAUGGUUUCUCUUAAUAAUUAAUACAGGUUGGAUUCUUCGCCCCCAUCAAUUAUUUCUCUAAAAUUGUUCUUUUUUUCGUUAGCAGUAUAUCAUGCAUAGCAUUUAAAAUUAAAAAUUAAGUAUUUUUAAAUCGUUACUGGGGGUUAGUUCAUUCGAUAAUCGAUAUACUAGUAAAAUAACUAAGAUGUGCAUAUAAACACACAUACGUAAUUACACUUUUACUCUAAAUCCCAAUAGUCGAUCGUAAACGUAAAGCUACUUAAUUAUGAAAAAAGCUAUAAAUUAUGUUAUUAUCACGUUCGUCGACCAGAGAAUAAAUGGCUCGAUGAUCAUUAUGCCAAAGCACGUGGUUAAUCAACAAAAUCUCAUUACUUCUAGUUCUAAUGCAAAUCCUUGAAGAUUCAUUGACAAUUUGAAAUUAUUGUGUGUUAAUUACAAGAUAAAACAUAUACUUAGGGUAAGAUCCUCGUGUUUUCCUUUUCCUGACAUCUUGGGUUUUAACAGUUCUUGUUUGGCGAAUUUGUUUUGCUACUUGCAUCAUGCAAUUUAGGUACCGGUUUGCUCUGGCAUAUACACAUAGUUUAUAAUAAUGAUUAAAUAAAAUACUAUCAUAUAGACGGGAUCGGAAUAAAACAAAUAUGUUGAUGAAACUACACUUAAACCAAUCAUUAAUCUAUGUCACUUCUCUAGAUGGCCGGUUAAGUCAUAUAACCGUCAAAUCUCUCCAAUUAGCUUUAAUAAGAAGACAUGUUAUCAGUGACUCCAUGUAUCAACUUAAUUAACGAGCAAUCCACGAGCUUAUAAUGUGACAACUUCAAUAAUUGACUGAAAAAAAACAAGAUGAUAGUAUUUUAUAUAAAUGUAUAAUAAUUUAGGUAGGAAGUAAAUGAGAAUUAUUGAAAGAAUUAUUAACCUAAUUAUAUACUGAUAGAAGCGACAAAGAUGGGUCUUAUGUUGGCCACGUGCCAGACAAAGUAAGACUUUUGAGUCGACGUGAGUCCCGCAACGGUAAGAAGCUUUAGUAAUGGCCCAUCACAUGGAUCCAGUUCCCAUAUUCUCUUCAACAUGCGAAUCCCUCUUAAAUUUAUGACCAACGACCGAACAAAAAAAUAACGAUGAGAUUAUAUAUUUUAAUUGUAUUCAGAUUGUAUCGUCUUAAGAAAAUAUCUUCUUGCUUCCACUAUCAAAUUGUUCUUGUUGAUUAUGAACUUAGUAUCUUUAACAGAAACAAAGACCUGUAUAAAACUAGUUAUGUUUUUAAAACUGUAAGAACCCUUAGCGAUAAUAUGUAUUUGUUAGAAACUUGGAAAAAAAGUGAAAUACCUAAUAAAAUUAUAGGUGGUGAUAAAGUAGUUAUAUUGGUAUACUCAAUCUGUUUAAUACUACAUACUAAGUGUCAUUCUAUGUUUUCAAAUUUGUUUCAUUAUAAGUAUCGUUUGUAUUUAUAAUGCAAACAUUAAAUAAAAUUUAUAGUUUUUAUUUUUGAUUUAAUUCAGUAAUUAAUAAAAUCAAAUAAAAUAAUAUAUUAAAUAGAGAUAAAAACAGAAAAUUGCUAAAUUUUUUAAUUUGUGUGCAAAAACCUUAAACAUUAGAGAGAGUAAAAACUUAUGCGCACAACUAGUAUUAGCCUUGCUACGAAAAUGAAAGCCUAGGAAACAAAAUUAUUAGUGUAUUUUAGCAUUAAACAUGUGUUGUUGACUCCUUAAUCGAUAGAUAAGAUCGUUAGCGUAGUUUCAGCAUACGUAAGAGCGAGGAAGCUAAUUUUAAGGAACGUUACUGCCGACAAACUGUUACUGCUUAAUUAAUGCAUAUAUAUGGGCAUUUGCUCUCACUGACAUGAAGUUUUCUUCAUAUUCACGCACCUAUUAAAAAUUAGGGUUAAACCACUUGCAAGUUUCGUGAAAGUAAAAUAUACUUAUAUUUUCCUUCUUAAAUAUGUAUUUUUGUUCUCUAAUUCAGUGACUUUUUUUCCUAGAGAUAUUUGCUAAAAGGAAUCGUAAAUAUCAUGCAUGUAUUAUCAUGGAACAAGCAUGUGAUUGCAAACCCAAAAUUAAUCAUAAUUUCAAUCCAUGUUAUAAUAAAUUAUUUAGAAACCCAAACAAGAAAAAUAAAUAAUCCGUUAAUGUCAAAAGAAUUACAUUCUCUUGUCUUUUCUCCAGGUUCCUCAAGUCAAGCCUUCAUCGACCAAACAUAACUUUUUUUUUCUUUUAAUUAAUUAUUAAUUAAACUAAUUAAUCACUUUUUUCUCAACUAUCCUCUUUAUAAAUAACUCAGAAUUCCCCGCCCUUGAAACACACACACAAAAAAUCAAGAGCCAACAAGAAAAUGGAAGAAGAAAUAUAUUUCCCUGACACCGAUCUUGAUCUCAGCUUCACAUCCACCGUCACCGACCGCACAUUCGCCUCCUCAAGCGGUCGGUCCAGCCUAACCCUAAGCUUCAACGACAGGCUCUCCACUUCCUCAGCCGUUACAACCUCAUCCACAUCCUCCUCAACCAUCAACCACCGUCGCCAAGAUCCUCACUGGUCGGCAAUCAAAUCAGCUAAACUCCUCUCCUCCGACGGAAACAUCCACCUUCGCCACCUAAAACUAAUACGCCACCUCGGCACCGGAAACCUCGGCCGUGUCUUCCUAUGCAACCUCCGUGACUCCUCCGCGAGAUUCGCCCUAAAGGUCAUCGACCGUAACAACCUAACCACGGCCAAGAAGCUAUCUCAGGUCGAGACCGAGGCAGAGAUCCUCUCCUUGCUAGACCACCCUUUCCUCCCUACGCUCCACGCUCGUAUCGAUGAGUCUCACUACACGUGCCUCCUCAUCGAUUAUGCUCCCAACGGAGACUUACAUUCCUUGCUACGCAAGCAACCUGGUAACCGUUUACCGCUUCAGCCGGUUAGAUUCUUCGCCGCCGAAGUUCUCGUCGCCUUAGAGUACCUCCACGCGAUGGGAAUAGUCUACCGAGAUCUCAAACCGGAAAACGUUUUGCUCCGAGAAGACGGACACGUCAUGUUGUCGGACUUCGACCUAUGUUUCAAAUCGGACGUUGUCCCCACUUUUAAAUCUCGCCGCUACCGGAGAACAUCCUCUUCGCCGUCCCUUCGUCGGCGGAGGAGCGGCUGCUUCUCCACACCGGCCGAGGAGAAGUACGAGAUGGAGGAGAUAGUUUCCGAGUUUACUGCGGAGCCAGUGACGGCGUUUUCACGUUCUUGCGUCGGAACACAUGAGUACCUUGCGCCGGAGCUAGUCUCCGGCAACGGACACGGGAGCGGAGUAGACUGGUGGGCGUUCGGAAUAUUCCUCUACGAGUUGUUAUACGGAACGACGCCGUUUAAAGGAGAUAGUAAAGAGCAAACACUGCGCAACAUAGUGUCGACCACUAAGACCGUGAAGUUCCACGUGGACAGUGACUUGGAUGAAGCUAGGGACUUGAUUGAGAAGCUUUUGGUUAAGGACCCGAAGAAGAGGCUAGGAUGCGCCAGGGGUGCGCAGGAUAUCAAACGUCACCCGUUUUUCGACGGGAUUAAGUGGCCGCUGAUUAGGCAUUAUAAGCCACCGGAGGAAGUUAGAGGGCUUGUGAUCAAGAAGUCGACUAGAGCACAUGCUGGUCACGUGACCGCCGUUACGCCGAGACGGAGGAAGUCGUUUUUGUGGAGGGCGUUGUCUUAUUUACUGCGCGGUAAAAGCUCCAGUGGUGGGAGUAAAAAUCAGAGCAAUAGUAAUUAUUAUCAUUAUGUAGGGAAAAGCUACGCGAGCCGCAAACGCGUUUAAGGCUGUCUCACGUUUUAUGUUUGCUUUCUUCAAUUUUCUUAUACGAGUUUAGAGGUAAAUCAAUACAAACAUAGAGGGUGUAUAUGUGUGUGUAUACAAUAGGAUGUUCAACGAUUUUGUAUAUGGAAAUUAUACCAGACUGAAUACUAUUUUGUCUUUUUUUUUUUUUGUCAUAUCUUUGUCUAUAUACUUGAAUGCAGUAGAUAUGCUGUUUUAUCGAUUCAAAGGGCUAAUAAAUCUUAAAAUACAAAUAAAAAUCAUAUUACGAGUUUACAACGUAACUCAAGAUAAAAUAAAAGCUGCUAUUAUAAUUCUGUUUUCAUGUUUAUACAGACUAAAGGUAUGAAUGGUGACCAGAGAACGACGAAGAAUAAUGCAUUCUCUAACGUUCCUAAAAAAAAAUCAACAUUCACAAGGAAUAAUAAUUCUCUCUCAUUCUCUUUUAUUCUUUUUUGUAGAGAAUUAAAAAAACAAAAUUAUUCAUUGUUAAAAUUGAUAAGAAAUUACCAUUCAUUUUCAUUCCUACUAUUUUAUUCCUAUACAUUUAUUUUUUAUUUGUUCCUCUUGUUUUCCGAAUGGUCUUUUUUUUUUGAAACACAAACUUCCAUUAACUUCAAAUUCAAGGACUACAUAGCCAUGAGGGAAUUAAACAUCCUCUUGAAAACAAUUUAUAAACUAUAAUAGCCAAAA